AUGGAGAAGAAUGCUAGUAACGAAACUGAUUUCACUUCAGUCGAAUUACUGAAACAUAUCACUCAAGAGACGUAUCGUAUUGGUUUAACUAUCAUUUUCGUAUUAGGUGUCAUUGGACAUUUGUUCAAUUUGCGAUUGUUUACUCGCCCAACAAUGAUAAAAAGUUCAUGUUGUCAGUAUUUUCUCGCUUCAUCUUAUGUUUGUCUCAUUCGGCUCUUCUUGGGUGUAUUUGUACGCAUGCUCUAUUUGGGUUAUCAAGUUAAUACAGGAGAUUCAACUAUCGAAUGGUGGUGUAAAAUUCGCGUUGCGAUUGUUUAUACGUUGUACUUAGUUUCAUCCGCUCUGAACACUGUGGCUUCAUUGGAUCGCUACGCAUCAAGUUGUCGUCAGAGUCGAUAUCGACGCUUUUGUGAGCCAAUAGUGGCUCAUCGUAUGAUUGCUAUUGUGAUUGUGGCUGCAUGUAUAAUAAAUUCCCAUAUGCUAUUCAACGUAGUUAUUGUCAAUGGAGAUUGCUGGACAAAGCCUGGAUGGUAUCGAAUAGCCUAUGAUAUAUUCUUUCUAGUCGUGUACAGUUUCUGUUGCCCACUUUUGAGUGGAAUUUUUGGUUUAUUGACUAUCAAGAAUCUACGUCAAUGUCAUUUGCCACGUUUAUAUCAAGCCAAGAUGAAAGACUUUCAAGUCAUGACAUUUGCUCAUACAAUAUGUUUUAUUCUUCUCACUACACCAUUUGCUGUUCACAAACUGUACUGGGCUGUGAUAGGUCACCAUCCAGUAAGCUCAAUGCAAGGCCAAUGGGAAGGUCUGAGCAUGUGCAUCGUUCGGGUUGUAUGGUUCACUAAUGAUGGUGCUGGAUUCUAUAUUUAUUCACUUUCAUCAGCAAGAUUUCGUGUAUCACUCUUAAUAUCUGUCGAUAAACAGAAAAGUUCAUAUGCUAAUAAACCUUGUCUUUGGCAGUUAACACAUUCAUCACAUACAAAAGAAUGUCUUCUUAAUAAAUCACGAAAUAUAUCAAAUCUCUAUUCUGUACCAUAUGAUUUUGUACGUGAAUCCAUAAAUCAAUUAUUUAUUAGUGUUGAUAAAUAUGUUUUACAAUUACAUCGACUCAUUCAAUCUACAUCAUGUGAAUCAGUUGACUUAAAUGUUCUAUUUCAAAAAAUAAGAAAGCCUAAUAAUCAAUGGCGUUCAUUACAAUUAGAACGUGCAAAACAAAUACUCCAAAAUAUUAACAAUGAAGAAUUUACAGAAGAUGAACUUUUACAAAAAUAUUAUACUCAUAUUAUUGAAACAUUAACACCAAAACCUGAUACAGCUAGUUCAAAUUGUAUUGCACAACUUCGUGAACAACCAUUUGAUUUAAAUCAUGCAUAUGAACAAGCAGAAAAUAAAGGAAAAGAAUGUUUAGCACAAAUGUUAGAAAAAUAUCGUGCACGUUUAAAACUUGAUCUUGAAUUAAUUUAA